AUGUCCAGCGGAGAACACGACCAGCACUUAGUCAACGAUGCAUCACACUUGAGGGUGCCCAUAAUCAUCGACUUGGUUCAACGAUUGGAUGAGAAGGGGUGGCUAAUUCCUGGCAGUUCGUCAGGGACCUGCAUGCGGUGUGGGUGGGACGGCAAAUUUCAAAGCUUCUUGAACUUGCCCUGGAUACCUGAAGCAGGAAGGCAACUGCUCUGGCUGCCGCCUUCAGAUACCAGUUGCGCCAGUUGCCAGUUCAUAAGUAGUGCAAUCAAAUACAUAGCACUCCGAGACAACAAGAAAUUGGAGCAAAUAGAGUUCUUGCGCUGCAGGGGUGGUAUCAUAACGUUCUUGUCCGGCGACUCUACAUCCAACCGCCGACAUGAUAUGGUUGCCUUCACGCCAGCAGCAGAUCCUCCACCACCGCCAGAGCUUUAUUCAUAUCGUCAAAUUCCCUGA